ACGUUGAAUUAAUACGGAUCCAGAGGUAGCUGUUUUAAACGAUUCGAACGAUUGCAAGGGUUGUUUUGUUCAAGAAACGUACUAUAUGGACACAAGAACGAACAGUCACAGAAACUACAUGUCCUUGAAUAUUUAAAGUUAAUAAAAAAAAAAGAACGGAGAAUAUUGACAUAGAUUUUAUUUUGUAGGAUUCAGUGCGAUAUUUUAUAUAUGUUUUAGUUCUAGGCGACAAGAGAAAUAAUCGACUUGGCUAACUAUAUAUUCACGGGGAUCGUACCACUAUAGAUUAUUUCAAUCGUUGAUGAUUUAUGAAAAAUAGGCUUCGUGGUCCAUUUCGGUGGUGAUCCCAAACAAGAGAAAAAUACUUCUUAUUCUUCCAAGAUAGGGCCGAACGUCCGCUUUCCCGGAGUGUAGUGUCGCAGACUAGACUUGUUACUGAACUUUAUAAUAUAGACCAACGCGUUUUUGAAAUCCUGGGGUCACCGCAUCGUUUUCUCUUCAAAUAACUGAAGCGCGGCGACUGGUUUGUUUUGUGGGUGUGGCCAGAGACAACUUUCACGGUUAUGUGAUAAACAUAAAGCAGACAGUACAGUGAAACUCGGAUUUGAUAUUUUGAGGGAAUUAAUGUAUAAAACGAUAUAGUGUACUCCCCAAGAUUAUUCUACUUGUGAUAUAGACAAACAUUAGAAACUGUAUGACGUCAUUCGCUAUUUUGUACAGCACGAGUGAAGAGGUGUAUUAGAUGUCGUCUGCUACAGGCCCAGGUAGAUCUUCCGGUCACGAAGCGGUCGGGAAAAGGUGUAACAGUCGGUUUCAUCAAACAGGUUGCGAUAAUUGCAGUAUGGCUGAUUAUCUUAUUACCGGUGGUACAGGGUAUGUCCCAGAUGAUGGUCUAACAGGAGCGCAGCUUUUUGGCGGCGGAAGUGGCAUGACAUACAAUGAUUUCCUUAUUUUACCAGGUUUUAUUGAUUUUUCUGCAGAAGAAGUGGAGUUGACGUCAGCUUUGACGAAAAAGAUAACUUUAAAAGCACCAUUACUGUCUUCACCCAUGGAUACAGUUACAGAAUCACAGAUGGCUAUAGCGAUGGCUCUAUGUGGCGGCGUGGGUGUUAUACAUCAUAAUUGUACACCCGAGUUUCAAGCUAAUGAAGUUAGAAAGGUCAAGAAAUACGAACAAGGGUUUAUUUUAGAUCCAGUAGUUAUGUCCCCUAGUCACACAGUGAAUGAUGUUCUAGAGGCCAAGAAAAGAUAUGGAUUUUCAGGAAUACCAAUAACUGCUAAAGGUCACAUGGGUGAGAAAUUAGUAGGCUUGGUUACCCAGAGAGACAUAGAUUAUUUAUCUCAAGAUCAAUACCAGACACCUAUAUCAGAAGUAAUGACGACAUAUGAAAAUUUAGUUGUAGCUAAAGCAGGUGUAAAUUUAAAAGAAGCUAAUCAUAUUUUACAACAAAGUAAAAAAGGUAAGUUACCAAUCGUCAAUGAAAAUGAUGAAUUGGUAGCAUUGAUAGCACGAACAGACACAAAGAAAAAUAGAGAUUUCCCUCUAGCAUCUAAAGAUGAAAGGAAACAGUUAUUAGUAGGAGCAGCAGCCAGUACACAAGAAGAUGAUAUCCAUAGAAUAGAUCUACUUGUACAAGCUGGGGUAGAUUUUAUUGUUCUAGAUUCGUCACAGGGUAAUUCUAUAUAUCAGAUAAAUACAAUACGUUAUAUAAAACAGAAAUAUCCUGGUGUACAGAUUAUUGGUGGUAACGUUGUGACAGCAGCACAAGCGAAGAAUCUGAUAGAUGCCGAUGUUGAUGGGUUACGAGUGGGUAUGGGUAGUGGUUCUAUCUGUAUUACACAGGAAGUAAUGGCAGUGGGUAGACCACAGCUGUGUAUUGUGUAUUACAGUAGUGGCGGUGGGUAG